AUGAAGUUUUAUUUAUCGCUGGUAAUGUUCGCUGCCGUUGCAUUAUGCAACGCGAAAGUCUUUGAUAGACAACCACUGUCAUACGCUCCGAUCCCAGAGAAUAUCUACCAACCUCCAACCAAGUCGGGAGAAACUACAUUACUUGACCUUAUCAAAUCCCGUGACGAUCUGUCGGAAUUAUCGAAGCUUGUCGAACAGACGCCAGGUUUCGCCCAAGCAUUUAGCACAAGCGCUGACUGGCAAUACACAUUUGUCGCGCCGUCCAACGAAGCGUUCAACAAUACCGGUGAAUACUACAAGACAUUUGCCAGUACACCCAAGGGACGCUGGUGGUCUGGACAGAUGCUUCAACAUCACUACAUUCCCAACUUGCGUCUAUAUUCAAGCAACUUCACUUCCGAAAAGACUCGGUUUCAACUGGGUUCUCACCUCUAUGCGUCGGCUCAGAUCAAGGGCGGAGAUCUUGUGCUUAACAAUGUGGCCACCAUUGUCGAGGCCGAUAUCCCUGUAACGAAUGGCAUUGUGCACAUCAGUGAUCGCAUUCUAGCUCCUGAUGCCAUGGUCUACGAGGCCGAUAUUGGAACAACUAAGCAAGGCUUUAUCCCCGGUUCUUGCUCCAACCCGGAUCUACCUUAUUGCUGA